AUGGCCGGCCACCCAAACAUUCCCUCACCGCAUUUGGUGCCGGGUGGACGGCAGAGUCCCAGUCACCUCAAGUACGAAGAUAACUGGUUCCUGGACAAGUCUUAUCGGCCUAAGCUCUUGAACUUUUUCACGAAGUUUCGACGGCACUUCUCUUCAGAGAACUCGAUUGAUGACUUUAGCAUUCUGAGACAGAGAGGAGGUGAUGAGGUUGUGGACAAGUUGAACGCCAUGUUCGACGUUAUCAAGAACUCUACCGACGAAGAUCCCAGGCUUUCUGAGGACUUUCUAGAGUACAUCAAUGGCAGAGACACCAAUUUCGGCCGCGGAAUGAACAUGCAGAGAAACUUCAUUGACAACAAAUUUGAACCUGAUCCAGAGCGCCCCGAAGCGGGACAUUGGAAGCUCACAACAUUCCCCCUUCACAUCACCCUUACUCCCGUGCCCGUCACAAUGAAGCUCACAACCAUCGCCCUCCUCACCGGCUUCGCCGCCGCCAACCCCCUCCAGAUCACCCCCCGCCAAUCCAGCUGCCCAAAAGUGCACAUCUUCGGCGCCCGCGAAACCACCGUCGCGCAAGGUUACGGCACCUCUGCCGGUCUCGUCAAUAGCAUCUCCUCGUCCUACCCGGGUUCAACAAAAGAAGCCAUCGUGUACCCUGCCUGCGGGGGACAAUCUUCCUGCGGGGGCGUUUCCUACGAAAAUUCCGCAUCGCAGGGGACAGCAGCGGUAGUCAAAGCCGUUACCAGCCUCAACCAACGAUGUCCUGAUACCAAGAUCGUGCUGGUGGGGUAUUCCCAGGGUGGACAGAUCAUGGAUAAUGCCCUGUGUGGAGGCGCCGGCGCUACACUGACGGGAAAUGCGCUGAAGGCGGUUAAGGCGGCGAUUUUCAUGGGGGAUCCGCAUUAUGUUGAUGGGUUGCCGUAUAAUGUUGGGACGUGUAGGAAUAAGGGGUUUGCCGCCCGGCCGAGCGGAUUCCAGUGCUCCCCUGCUAGCCCGUCGAUUAUCCAGAGUUAUUGCGACUCGACUGACCCGUACUGCUGCAAUGGCAAUGAUGCCAACUCGCAUCAGCAGUAUGUGAAUAAGUAUGGGACGCAGGCGUUGGCGUUUGUGAAGAAGUUGGUUGAUGCUGCUUGA